UCCAUGAUGCUAACUUUGACAGCUUGUUUUCGGACUAAAGCCCAGCCUAAUGUGUCGAUUCGGCAAAGUCUGUAGUUAGCGGCAGGACUCACUUGUAUCUUCGUUUACUGUCAUUAAUUGUAAAUGGAUAAUUAACGAAGAGCAUAAGCUGUUCUGUUCCUCGAAACUGAGCUAACUAGCAUAACCAACAUGCAGGGCUACAAAGCACUCCUGAAAACACUGUGAGGAAAGUUAGGUAAGACAACAUACAGUAUGACUAGCAUUACGAGAGGCUACGUUAACCAAUAUUUGCUAAUAAUGUAAGUACGAACUGCCAUUCUUGUACCUGCGGUUAUGGACCUACUGGUCUAAAGAGUAAACUGUCAAACAGCUCGAGGACACAGAGGAGCCACCAACCAGAGCACCCAGAGAUCAUACACACUGUCAUCUUUUUACGACACUCCUGAACUCCCUCUUUCUGUGCUUAUGUGGCCAAAGCUUCCUUUUCUCCGGCUGCUGGACGUGUCAGGACCUCCGUGCUGCAGCAGUGUCUGCGUGUGGAGAUGAAACUACACAAGGUGCUGCUGUCUGGCUGCAUUAACUGCACCAGGAUGUAUCUGCUAUUUGGUGGGAACUUUUACUCAAAACGACUUUUCAGCUCUUUGGGAAUGGGUGGGACUCGAACCCUUAUCCUCUGUGGUGCCCGCACGGUACUCUACCCACAGAAGUACACCGUGCCACUUGGAAAUAGAAAACUGGGAUUGUACAGCAGGAGUUACAGUGUUGUUGGUUUAAAUGGACCCUGCAGUCAAGCACUGUCAAGGUGUCAGCCCAGGAGAUCUCAGUCUGCUGUGGCAACAGAGGAGAACCUGCUGCAAGGAGGUGCAACACGGCCAGUGUCCUUUAUCCGCCACAGAGUGACAGACGUUUCCAGCGUGUCUCCAGCUUUUGUAGUGAUGAAUUUUGACCAAGAGGGAAACGUGACAACAUUUGAGAAAAAGAAAACAGAGCUUUGUCAGGAGCUAAGUCUUCAGGCCAGAGACCUUCGCUUUCAGCACAGUACCAGCCUCAUCCCAAGGAACAACUGCAUUAUCAUACGAUUGGAGUCUUUAAAAGCCAUUGUAACCCCGCAGUCCCUGCUGGUGUUAGAUUUCCGUGGUGCUGGAUUUGAACGAUGGCUGGUAUUGGAAUUGGCCCCACAGCUGGCAUCACAGUCCCACUCUCUGCCUUUCGAGUUCAGAGCACUAGAGGCAAUCCUGCAGCACAAGAUAAACACUCUACAAGCUCGGCUGAAUGAGGUUGAACCGGUAAUGUUGGACACGCUGGAAUCCCUGGUGGAUCCAAAGAUCCUUUCGGUUGAUAGAACUAAACUACAUAUACUGCUGCAAAACAGUAAGAGUUUCCCUGAUGACUCUUGUUACUCUGACAGCUUAUCAGAGUUGGAGACAGACAUAAAAGUCUUCAAGGAUACUUUGCUGAAGAUUUUGGAUGAGGAUGAGACGAUUGAAGAACUCUGUCUGACCAAGUGGACAGACCCGAGAGUUUUUGAGGAGAGCAGUUUGGGUAUUGACCAUGCUGAGGAGAUGGAGCUAUUACUGGAGAAUUACUUCAUGCAGGCUGAGGAGAUGGGGAACAAAACCAGAGAGCUGAAAGGGCUGAUAGAUGACUCGGAGAGUGUCGUCUUUAUCAAUCUGGACAGCCAUCGUAACGUGAUGAUGCGGCUGAAUCUGCAGCUGGCGAUGGGCUCCUUCUCCCUUUCCUUAUUCGGUCUGAUAGGCGUGGCCUUUGGAAUGAAUUUGGAGUCGUCCUUUGAAGAGGACCCUCGUGUUUUCUGGCUGGUAACAGGCUUCAUGUUCUUGGGCAGCGGGCUGAUAUGGAGACGACUGCUGUCAUUUCUGGGACGACAUCUCGAGCCUUCAGUUCCCCCUAUAAUCCCUCAAGUUUGGAAGAGAAAUAUGAAAGCAUCGGACAUCAAGGCGGGAGUCAGAUGAUGUUCUACCUCCGCUCUGUAAAAUGCCACAGACCUCCUACAGACUCAACAGCUUUAGAGACAAUUGUUUUCCCACCCUGGAUCUCCUGAACUCUCUGUGAAGGCUGGAAAUUAACAUUUUUUUUUUUUUUACCCUCCCAUGCCUCAAGAAGAGGUUGAGACUGUAUCCAAAUGUCCGGGGACUCCAGUGUGUUGUGCGUGCCUCUGUGUCCCUAUUAAUAUGUGUCAUUCUAUGUUGGAGUGAUUUCAGAUACUUGAUCAGAUGCCUUCAUGUCACAUCACAUCAUAUCUUCAUAUAUGUGGAUAAAAUGUGGGCACAGAGUAUUGCUCUGUCAUCAGUGGUUUUAGAUCAGUGAGUGGACGCGUGGGCGAGUGAACUGAAACAAAUAAUAAGCCAACUAACAUGAUAACUACAUGACAUGCUAAGAUAUUGCCUAAUUUCAUAGGUGAAAAACGUGUGUUAAUAAGUUAUAAAUCAUAUUAUUUAAAUUAAUGUAAAUCAAAUGAAUGUGUAAAGUCUAUCGUGAAGGUUUAUAGAGUGUUAUUUUCUUUGUGUAAGUAAGAAUUUGCUUUUGUUGAGAUGAGUAGUUACAGCGUGCGACUGUGACAGAAAUUAGACAACAAGGACCUUCUAAAACAUUAGCUUCUCAGCAAAUAAAUGAUUUAUGAGAUGUUAAUCUGACAUCAGAUGUGACUGUCAACACUGCUGAUUUAAAGCAGUGGCACACAGAACACAAUGCCAGGCCUUUCUGACGUAACAACGGCUGAACUAUCUCAGCAAUUUUUCUUAAACAUUUUGCCAGUUUUGUUUUGUUGACAUUGCGUGACACUUUGCCACUGUGAGUAUUUUAAAUCGACCUUUGACCCAAACUAAAGGGGUCUGAACACAUGAGCAACUUUCAGGAUUAUGACUUAGAAGCUGAUAUAGACUUUGUCUUGCACCUAUAUGCAUUUGCUGUCAGCAUUCAAACGUUAAAGGUUCAGUGUGUUGGAUUAAGUGGCAUCUAGCGGUGAGAUGGCAGAAUGCAUGAAGGAGAGCUGUCGUGGCCGACGAGAAAAUGUGAAUGGUCCUAUCUAAAGCCAGUGUUUGAUUUGUUCAUUCUUGCCUACUGUAGAACAACAUGGCAGACUCCAUAGAAGAAGACCAUUAUACAGAUAUUAUGGCUAUUUCUAGGGUAGUGAAAACACAGUGAGUGUGAUUUGAAGAUGAUUAGAAACUAAUGAAAACAUAGUUAUGAAUGUAAUAUACCAUUUCUGCCAGUAGAUGCCGCUACACGCCACACACUCAACCUUUAAAGACUGGAACUCAAUGACAACAUGUAAAAACCAUCUACCAAAGGAAAAUUUGUCAUUCUUGUCUUGUUGCCACAUUAUACACAUUGACACCCCAUGCCUUACAGCAGGAGGUGUCAGGAUACCUUCAACAAAUUAUAAGGGUCUUGAGAUGAUUAACAGGACAGGGAAGCAAAAAAAAACAUAUUUAAGAUUCAAAACGUCCAUACAGUACGUCCUGUCCCGUCACCUUAAUUUAUUAGAUAAUUUUGUUUUUUUUUAAAAAUCAUUUUACCUCUGGUUUUCCUGGUCAAAGCUGAUUGACAUUAAGCAAAUGGUGACAACAUCAAUCAUCAGUGGACAUGGCUUCAUUUUCGGGGUUCAUAAACCCAAAAUGUUUGAAAGCACUGCCUUAUAGUACCUUGUAUUUUUUCUAAAAAAAACCCAGCCUUCACCUUCUGACUGUUGUAUCUAUGUAUUAUAUUUAAUGCCUAUUAAAUGAAAACCAGCA